UUCUUCCUCGCGGCGCAGUUGGCUGCGAUGCAAACCGAAGGCCGCUCUCCAACACGCAGCUCAGCUCUCGCAUCUCGUGCGCCUCGCCAGACGUGCAGACGGCCACCUGGGACCGGCUAGGGGUUGGCGAGGGGAACCCAACCUCAUCGCCAAGGCACCGAGGCUUCCCCACGUCACGGGACGGACGGCGUGUCGCGCUCGGGUGGCUUCCCAGCAACUCGCAGCCAGGAGCGCAGAUCUGCUGGGCGCACGGGGGGACCGCUCCACUGGCUUUCUCUUUAAAACACAGAAAGGGGAAGAAAAAAAAAAUCUGGAACGACAGAAAGAAAAAAAAAAAGGAAAAGAGCAAGGAAGCGGCUUUCCGGGCGUUCUCCUUCUCCACCCAGGGCUGUUUUUGGGGGUGCCCCCCCCCCCAGCUGCUCGUUGCCUCCGGGGGCCACCCCGGUCCCCUCGGCCGGGGCGGGGGCGCGGCGGGGGCGGGGGCGCGGGGCGGGGGCGCGGAUCUCCUCCGCGGAUCUCCUCCGCGGGUCUCGGGUCGCUGGCGAUGGCUUUCGAGGCGCUGGCGGAGGCUGCGGAGCGGUGGUGCGCCCGCACGCCCUUCCAGCUCAUCGCCGCCGAGGAGACGGAGCGGCGCAUGGACUUCUACGCCGAGCCCGGGGUCUCCUUCUACGUCCUCUGCCCGGAGGCCGCCUGCGGCGACAAUUUCCACGUGUGGAGUGAAAGCGAGGACUGCUUACCUUUCCUGCAGCUCGCGCAGGACUACAUCUCCUCCUGUGGGAAAAAGACGCUCCAUGAAAUACUGGAAAAAGUCUUCAAGUCCUUCAGACCCCUACUUGGGCUUCCAGAUGUUGAUGAUGAUGCAUUUGAAGAAUAUAAUGCAGAUGUGGAAGAAGAGGAACCAGAAGCCGAUCACCAACAAAUGGGUGUCAGUCAGCAGUAAUUUUCAGAGAAGCUGAAAAAUGGGGAAUCUUUUGGUACCAGGUGGGAUCAGGUGGUCCCACGCUAGCCUGUUCGAUCUAGCACAUUACAUGGGGAUAUCUGGCUCCCAGGAUAAAAGUUUUACUUUUUUUUUUAAGAAAUAAUAAUAAUCUGUGAUGAGCUUUGCUAAGAAGCGACCUGAAUUUUGCUCCUGCUUGAGUGGGGUUUCUAUGGAGUUGUCUUGGUAGCAUUCUGCCAUUGCCAGUCUAGAAGUAGUUUCGUUGCUGACUGUCUCCUUGAUUUGUGUUCGAGAGUAACAUUCACUGACACGAAUGUAGGGUACUUUGAAUGUAGGAACCAUGGGGCUGGGGUGCUGAGUACUCACACGUAACCUCUCGGGGGAAAUCGGUGCAGAGAGUAGAUGCAAGCCACGCUUUGCUUUUUAGUUUAACAGCUAUGAUUUUUGACUCUCUACUACCAGACAGAGCACCAAACUUUGAGAGGUUUCUCCUGAAAAAAAAAUGUAGUUUAAUAGUGGUCAGUACUGCAGAAGUGCACAUGAAGGCUCGACAAAAAUGAUGGGAAGUGGGAAAUCCAAGGGAGUAUUUUUGUCAGACGUGUUAAUGUCAUUUUACUGACACCUGAGUUUACAAGUGAUUGGAUUAAUAACUGGGAGUAAUUAGAGCUCUGGUAUCAACAGUACACAUCAUAAUGAACCUGGGUAGUCUCACACCAUAUAACCCAAAGCCAAAUACUGUUUUUAUACAAAUUCGAUCAAUUAAAUCAGCCAAUGCAUAUCCCACUUCUGCAUGAAAACCAACUUUAAGCUUCAUUGUUUUUAAAACACUGGUAAAUUAUUACGUAAAUCUUGCAGCAUUGCCAAUUGAAGUGCAACUUAACUUGGAAGCCAUAAGGGUAUAAACCAGCAUCUGGCUCUUAACGUUAUGCUGGACUUUUUCCUCACACUGGGCCUUUGAGCUGAUCUGGGCAUUUCCACCCCUGCGGAGGGGAGCUAAAAUACUACCCAAGCAGGAAGGCCCCUAGUAUUUUGUACCUACUUUGCAUGGGUUUAAGUGGCUCCAAUGAGUGCCAGACUGUGAAGAUGCAGGGUCUCUUAUUUACAUGUCUUUCAUACUGAAAAUAUAAGAAGCAAAGCAGUUCUGUUGUAAGACAGCUAUUUUCCAUAAUAGAUCAAAAUGUUUCUAAAUUAAUUCCUUUUUUUUUCUUCAUUUUUUAAUGGCAAAAUGAAGGCCACACAGUUCAAAAGCCCUUUUAUACAGAAUUAGCUUUAUAAAAAACAGAAAUUGAGUGAAGAGAAAAUGCUUGGACAACUCCCAGAAACAACUCAUGCCAUUUUGAAAACCCUGUUGGUAGCAACAUCUCCUUCUCCAUGGACUUUUUAAAGACUUUUUUUUUCCAAAGUUACUUAAGAGAGUAAGUUUUCUUGGGGGUUUACAUUUCUGAUGAUGGGUUGAGAGAUGCAUAGCAUUUGUUUUUUCCAAUCUGGGGCAACGAACUUCCAUAGCCAGGAUGGUGCGCGGUACCUGAUUACACACAGAAGUGUCUGCAAUGCUUUAAAAGUCCAAGUUUAAAAAUAUUAAAAAAAAAAAAAAAAAAAAGUUGAAGAAAAAAAUUGCUUAGUGAAACUUUGUACAUUCUUUCG